AUCAUAGCCAAUAAUCCAAUACCUCCCCCCAACGUGCAACCAAUUACCAAAUUUAAACCACACAGAUAUAAAUCACUCUAAUCAUCAUCAGCAUUUAAUACUAAGCCCUUCAUAAUCACUAAUCUGCUCCUUCACAACCCCCCACCUCCUUCUUCAUCUCGAUUCCGUUAUGUUCACUUGCAUUUCCGAAAAUGAAAGGAGUUUCAUCCGCAGUAAAAAUCAGCCACUUAAUCGGCGUUUGCUUAUCUGAUACCUCAACAGAUCACUCCCUUUUUCGCUGAUUUCUUAUCCAACUCUCCGGGAAUUCAGCAUUUUCUUGGCCAAAUAGAGAAAUUUCUGUAGAAAUCUUUGAUCUGAGCAGCCAGCUUGUUCUGAUUCUUGAGAGUGUGAUCAAAUGGAGGAAGAAAACCAAGAACCAAAAUUCUUCUGCAAGUUCUGCAACAAAGCUUGCUUCACUGGGAAGUCAUUGGGAGGUCACAUGCGUGGCCAUCUCGGCUUGAUUGCAGCUGCCAAAAAGCAGAAGCACAAAUCUGAAGCUUCUCGGAAGAACCACUUUCUUGCCAAGAAUCAAGAAAUUUCCAAGAACACCGGUUCACCUGCUUCUUCUUCGAAGAAAAAGAAGAUUCUUUGCAAGAAAUGCGGGAAAAGGUUCUCUUCGGUGAAAGGUCUGUCUGGUCAUCUGAAGUGCCAUUCAAGAAAACAGGGGGAAGAAGAGGAAGAAGAUGAAGAUCAUCGCCAUACCUGCAGGAAAUGUGACAGAGAUUUCGAUUCGAUUAGGGCUCUGUACGGUCACAUGAAGAUUCACUCCAAAAGACCCAAGGAAGAAGAGUAUGUGCAUAGCUUACCAAACACGGCCAUCACUCUGUGUCCUGUUCGUAAGAAACGGUCAAUCAUAAAGUACAACAAACCCACACUCUGUGAAAUUGAUGACGUCCAAGAGGCUGCUAUGAGCUUGUUGAUGCUUUCCAUGGGGGCGGGGACCUGGGCUGAGUAUCUUUCUGCAAAAGAAGAAUUUCCUAUUCGCAAUGCAGAAAUGCUAAACAGUGAUUAUGGUGAUGCUGAUGAAGACGACUGCGAUUCUGAGGAAAACCUACCUGAGCAGAUCAAUAAUCUUGAAAAAGGUGAAGCUUUUUUUGAACCUGCAAAAUUCGAAGUGAUGAAAAUCAGCAAAGAUUAUGUGUGUCCAAUAUGCUUCAAGGUUUUCCAAUCAGGGCAAGCUUUGGGUGGUCACAAGAGGGCACAUUAUACUGCAGUCAACACUACUGAAGAAAUCAAGGUCAAAAGGGAGUUGAACUUUUCUGAUGAUAUUCACAACAGUCUUGAUCUGAAUCUCCUCCCACCUGUAAAUGGAGAAGCAUCCAUGGUGGAAAGGGUGUGGUGUCUUGGGAAUGAGCUGCUGAUCUCAACUAGUAAUCUCCAGUUUUAGAAUCAUACACAGAUUUUAAGGUUUCAUAACUGUACAUAAUAAUCUGAUUUCUUUCUGUUUUCACCUCUCUCAUUCUGUACAUCUAUGGUAGCUCUUCAUCACAAUGCCUUAUAAGCAAAUGUACAGUUUAGGCUGCCUUUAGUUUCUGCUGUGAUUCAUUGUCAUGUUCUUGCUGGAUAUGGUCAAACUGGUUCUGUAAGUUUCUGCGCAUAUGGUAAGCAAUUUUCCCUUUUUGGAGCAACAUGAAUUCAUUUUUAUGAAGCCUAC